AUGUCUUCCAAGGCCAUUACCGUCCAGGGCAUCAAUAUCCCCAACAACAUUGCUACUUCGAAAGCAGGCUUCUUGGGUCUCCCCUGCUAUUCAUGGAUCCUUAUGAGUCAGAUUCAUCCCUCUCUGGAGGAACUCACUCAAGCCAAGCUCGCGCUUGCGGUCUACAAGAUCCUUGACGAAGAUGUAGACUUUGACUUAUGGACCAAAUGGUGUCGCUGGGAGGUCUGGGACGAGGACUGA